GGGGCGGUGGAGGAGGAGGAGGACGCACCCUCUGGAGGCGGCGGCGGCUGCUGCGGCUGCGACUCGGUUCUUUGAGCCGGAACCGCCGGUGAACUUGGGCGCCACGUUCCCGGCCGCGGGCCCACGAGGAUGGUGAAUGCGAGCUGCUGCUGACUCUACCUCAGCCGCUGCUUCUCUGGGGGCUGCCGAGAGCGGGGCCCUCUGUCUCCUCCCCUUGCCGGGCUGUGGGUGAACCUGCAGGCUCCUUACCCACCCGGAGGACUUUUGAAAGGAAACCAGGGAGGGAGGGAAAGGGAGAGAGGGAGAAAACGAAGGGGAGCUCGUCCAUCCAUUGAAGCACAGUUCACUAUGAUCUUACUCACAUUCAGCACUGGAAGACGGCUGGAUUUCGUGCAUCAUUCGGGGGUAUUUUACUUGCAAACCUUGCUUUGGAUUUUAUGUGCUACCGUCUGCGGAACGGAGCAGUAUUUCAAUGUGGAGGUUUGGUUACAGAAGUACGGCUACCUUCCACCGACUGACCCCAGAAUGUCGGUGCUGCGCUCUGCAGAGACCAUGCAGUCUGCCUUAGCUGCCAUGCAGCAGUUCUACGGCAUUAACAUGACAGGAAAAGUGGACCGAAACACAAUUGACUGGAUGAAGAAGCCUCGAUGUGGUGUACCUGACCAGACAAGAGGUAGCUCCAAAUUUAAUAUUCGUCGAAAGCGGUAUGCGUUAACAGGACAGAAGUGGCAGCACAAACACAUCACUUACAGUAUAAAGAACGUAACUCCAAAAGUAGGAGACCCUGAAACCCGUAAAGCUAUUCGUCGUGCCUUUGAUGUGUGGCAGAAUGUAACUCCUCUGACGUUUGAAGAAGUUCCCUACAGUGAAUUAGAAAAUGGCAAACGUGAUGUGGAUAUAACCAUCAUUUUUGCAUCUGGCUUUCAUGGAGACAGUUCUCCCUUUGAUGGAGAGGGAGGGUUUUUGGCACAUGCCUAUUUCCCUGGACCAGGAAUUGGGGGAGAUACUCAUUUUGACUCAGAUGAGCCAUGGACACUAGGAAAUCCUAAUCAUGAUGGAAAUGACUUAUUUCUUGUAGCAGUUCAUGAACUGGGACAUGCUCUGGGACUGGAGCAUUCCAAUGACCCUACUGCCAUCAUGGCUCCGUUUUACCAGUACAUGGAAACUGACAACUUCAAACUACCUAAUGAUGAUUUGCAGGGCAUCCAGAAAAUAUAUGGUCCACCUGACAAGAUUCCUCCACCAACAAGACCUCUACCGACAGUGCCCCCACACCGCUCUAAUCCUCCAGCUGACCCAAGGAAGAAUGACCGGCCCAAACCUCCCCGGCCUCCCACUGGCAGACCUUCCUAUCCUGGAGCCAAACCCAACAUCUGUGAUGGGAACUUUAACACUCUAGCUAUUCUUCGCCGUGAGAUGUUUGUUUUCAAGGACCAGUGGUUUUGGCGAGUGAGAAACAACAGGGUGAUGGAUGGAUACCCCAUGCAAAUUACUUACUUCUGGCGGGGCUUGCCUCCUAGUAUCGAUGCAGUUUAUGAAAACAGUGAUGGGAACUUUGUCUUCUUUAAAGGUAACAAAUAUUGGGUGUUCAAGGACACGACUCUUCAACCUGGUUACCCUCAUGACUUGAUUACUCUUGGAAGCGGAAUUCCCCCUCAUGGUAUUGAUUCAGCCAUUUGGUGGGAGGACGUUGGGAAAACCUAUUUCUUCAAGGGGGACAGGUAUUGGAGAUAUAGUGAAGAAAUGAAAACCAUGGAUCCUGGCUAUCCCAAACCAAUCACAGUCUGGAAAGGUAUCCCCGAAUCUCCUCAGGGAGCCUUUGUGCACAAAGAAAAUGGCUUUACGUAUUUCUACAAAGGAAAGGAGUAUUGGAAAUUCAACAACCAGAUACUCAAGGUAGAACCUGGAUAUCCCAGAUCCAUCCUCAAGGAUUUUAUGGGCUGUGAUGGACCAACAGACAGAGAUAAAGAAGGACACAGCCCACCAGAUGAUGUAGACAUUGUCAUCAAACUGGACAACACAGCCAGCACUGUGAAAGCCAUAGCUAUUGUCAUUCCCUGCAUCUUGGCCUUAUGCCUCCUUGUAUUGGUUUACACUGUGUUCCAGUUCAAGAGGAAAGGAACACCCCGCCACAUACUGUACUGUAAACGCUCUAUGCAAGAGUGGGUGUGAUGUAGGGUUUUUUCCUUUCUUUCUUUUCUAGGAGUUUGUGAUAACUUGAGAUUCAAGACAAGAGCUGUUAUGCUGUUUCCUAGCUAGGAGCAGGCUUGUGGCAGCCUGAUUUGGGGCUGACCUUUCAAACCCAGAGGGUUGCUGGUCCUGCACAUGAAUGGAAACGCACUCAUGGGGAAGCUUCCAUGAUGCACAGUACUUGCCGUUCUUCAGUCCUUUGUCUUUUUUUGUCAUUCAGUUCUAGGCCUUUCCUCUGCACGCUCAAUGCCCAGUAAAUUUUCAGGAUUAUCUAAAGAGAAAAAAGAAGAAAAGAUUCUUCUUAAAGGUUUCUAAUAUGUAUUUUCUGAUGUCUGAGCCCAUUUCUGGGGGAAAAAAGCAAAAGAGAAAACCCACAAAUUUUUGCUUUACAACAAGGAAAAAGAGAAGUGUAAACAAAAAACCCACAAUUGAACGUUCAGGAAAGUGUGAAGACCCAAAACAGCUUUGUCUCCAAAGAAGAUAGCUCUCUGACUGCUAUGGACAGUCUCCUAUGCUUCGUUUUUGUCAGGUGGGAGACCUGGAAUACACAUGCAGGACUUUAGACUGUUGGGACAGCCAUUUUCCAACAAACAAGGGGCCAAAAUAUCUGCAAUAUUGUAACAGCCUUAAUACUACAUCCAUUUUUCGUUUUAUACAGCUGUUCUCAGCUAUGUUUUCAAUGUUUCAUCACAUUUAUAUUCACAGCUAUAUUCAAAUGGGACCUUUUAAUUGUUUUGAAGUGUUUCUAAACCCCUUCCCGCCACCUUACCCCUACAUCAUUGUGAUAAUCUCCCCAAGUUGUAUUAGGCCACUGCCCCAGGCCUUCCAUGGGUCUGUCAGGAGUAUUCAUUAUAAGUGGAGCAAAAAGCAGUAUGUCUUUAAAGUGGUUUAAAGUGACAGUUAUUUUAUAAGGAUAUGUGACACUAGUAAUACAUUGGUGUAACCCUUUGAGAACUAUCAAAUCAGCUUUCAGAGUCUUAGGAUCUGGUAAAUGAUUGAACUGGGCAAUGGUAAAAACAGGCACAGGUUCAAGAAGUUCAGGUUUUUAAAACAGAUAUCCUAUAACCCCAUGUAAUUUUUAAGUGAUUCACACUACUACAUAAAUGCAUUUAUAGCAAACAGAAAUGAUGUUACUUGCCAAAAAUUUUCUGGCAAAUAAAAAAGUAUUUUAUUAAAUAUCUUGUAAGAGUGCAAUUUUAUUUGAACAACUGAUUAUA